UGUUUUUAAUGUCCUUGGGUGGGAACGGGCAACGGGAUUCGUUCGUUGGGGUUGGGUGCCGAGAAAGAGAUCGGGCCGGGAUCGGGUAACGCCAUCGACAGCGAUCGCGCGGACGGUGAAGGUUGGUUGGGAGGUUGAAGGGGGAGGGCCGGCUUGAAAAAUGUUUGCUGCCAUGGCUGCCUAAUCGUCUCCCUGGCCGUGACGUCAUUGCUCUUGUCCUGCCGCUCGCCUUCUUCAGAUUUGGUGGGUGGUUUAAAGUCCAUGGAUUGGUGAUGAGUUUUUGAUCUUUAUUUUGGUUCAGAAACUUUGCUUUGUUGCCAAAUGGAGAGAGCAGGGGCGGCGUCUCCAAGUAGCAGAAGAAUCGCCAUGCACUGCUUCCGGUUCCCGAGCUGGGAGCGGGAGCGGGAGGGCGACGAGCGGCGCGGCCCGGCGGCUACAGGGCGGUCGCUGUCGACGCGGUCCAACAGCAGCACCACGUCCACGGACCCCGACGUGCGGCGGUCGGCGUCCGAGUGCUGCUCCCUCAACGCGUCGGAGCUCAGCAGCGGCGGCUCCUUCGGGCGGUGCCGGCAGCUCUCGCUGUCGCAGCGGCCGCCCAACGCGCUCCGCAUCUUCACCUUCCAGGAGCUCAAGUCCGCCACCCGCGGGUUCAGCCGCUCGCUCAUGCUCGGCGAGGGAGGCUUCGGCUGCGUCUACCGGGGCACCAUCCGGAGCGCGCUCGAGCCGCGCCGGAGCCUCGACGUCGCCAUCAAGCAGCUCGGCCGCAAGGGCCUGCAGGGGCACAAGGAGUGGAUGACGGAGGUGAACGUGCUCGGGGUCGUCGACCACGCCAACCUCGUCAAGCUCAUCGGCUACUGCGCCGAGGACGACGAGCGGGGGAUGCAGCUGCUGCUCGUCUACGAGUUCAUGCCCAACGGGAGCCUGGCCGACCAUCUGUCCGCGAGGUCGCCGCGGCCGGCCUCCUGGGCGAUGAGGCUCAGGGUGGCGCUGGACACCGCUCGAGGGUUGAAGUAUCUCCAUGAAGAAUCCGAAUUCAAGAUAAUAUUUCGAGAUCUGAAGCCAUCGAACAUCCUUCUCGACGAGAAGUGGAACGCGAAACUGUCGGACUUCGGCUUGGCGAGAUUAGGACCUCAAGAAGGAAGCCAUGUCUCCACAGCGGUGGUGGGGACGAUUGGAUAUGCUGCUCCUGAAUACAUCCACACAGGACGCCUCAGCACCAAGAAUGACAUAUGGAGCUUCGGUGUGGUGCUUUAUGAGCUCCUUACAGGCCGGCGACCUCUGGACCGAAAUAGGCCGAGAGGCGAGCAGAAUCUCGUGGACUGGGUGAAGCCCUACUCUUCUGACGCUAAGAAGCUUGAGACAGUGAUCGAUCCAAGGCUUCAAGGGAAUUACAGCAUAAAAUCAGCAGCCCAGCUUGCGUCAGUGGCAAACAAGUGCCUGGUGCGCCAUGCUAAGUACCGGCCCAAGAUGAGUGAGGUACUGGAGAUGGUGCAAAAGAUUGUUGAGAGCAGCGAUCUUGGAACACCGGAGCAUCCCUUGAUCAGCAAUUCAAAAGAAUUAGUGAGUGAUGAAAAGAAAAGGAAAGGCCUCGACUUGAAGAGAAGAAUCGCAGAUAUUAGAGCUGGGGAAGGUAGAUGGUUUGCAUGGCAAAGAUGGACACCCAAGCUUGUGAGAACACAAUGAUUCACAGCAACAGCAGAUGAUGUGUUUCUUGCAUGGCUUGACGCAUAGUUAGUAGCGAAAACAGCAAGUGACUGAAAGAUCACCUGGGGUUUUCAUUUAGCAUACAAGUCAGAGAGCAUCACAAUUGUAAACAAAUGGUUUGGUCCAGCCCAUGGUGGCACCACAAAAUAAUGGAUUGGUUCACACUUUCUGGGAUCAACAUAGGCAGUCUUCUCCAACCGCUUGGAGGGAGGUUCCAUGUUUUUUAUUAGAUCUUAAUCAAAGUUCUAGUAAUUUUUCCAAGUAGAAUUUAUUGUACAGUUUAACUUGGUUUUAUAGAGUGAUUUUGAGUUUUACUAAAGUGUAUGUAGCUCAUUGCUUCCUAUGCUUGCAGGUGUUGCACUUUGCGCACACCUACCUGUAGAAUUCCUGUUUCUCUAUACUUGGCAAAGCUGAUGUACAUGAAAAGAGGAGGGGGGAAUAUGUACUGAAGCAAUGUAGGGCAGAAACUGCUUAUGUUCUUCCAUAUAAAAAUGCCAGAACAUGCUCCUGGGGUCCUGGCA